AUGAAUCAUGCUCUGCCGAGCAUCAUGACCGACGAUGACCGACGGCGAGUCGAUUCCAACCAAUUGCUGCCAGAACUCCUCUACAUAACGACUCGGGAGAUUUCCUCCAAACUCUACCAAAGCAAUAUGUGUGACGUUCCUUUCUUUCCAAUCUUCCCAAUCUGCUUCCAGUGCGGCACAGACCAGAACCCUUGUCGCUGCAAAGUGCUGGGCCCGACUUUGGCGCUAAUCGAGGCCAGGGUUCUGUGUGACUGUCGUCUCCGCUGUCUUCUGCUACCCAGCGGCUCUAUUCUGUGGCUGCUGCGCAACGAAGACGGGAAAAGAGCCAUUAUCUCACCAGUCGACCUUUCACGACGAAGAUAA